AGCGGAAAAAUGGAAGAAAUCGAAGGCUCGACACGAAAGGAGACUGUAGAUCAACUUUGUGUUGACGCAUCAGCUGCUAACCGAAUGAAUGAAGCCACGGGAGAAGUUUCCUCACAGAUGACCAUACCUGGAUCAGGUAGGAAGCCGCUCGAGGAGAAAGAAGCUCGGUUUAAGAGGCUGAAGUUGUUCGACAAAGUGAUGCAGAAGAGCCUGGAAAAGUUCAUCGACCAUGCCAGUUUUAACAGAUUUGCCAGCAUGUUUCGGCCUCUGUACAAAAAGAACCCACAGAAGAUGGAAAGCAUUCACAAGCAGUUCAUUGAGGAGCUGCAGAAGGCCAUACAGGAGGACAUCAGCCGAUUGAUUGAAGAAGGCCGGUUGGAGUUCAAAUUUAAUGAGCUGGACCAACUGGAGAAUGCUGCGAAGAACAAUGCAGACCCUGCAUGGCGGCCGAGUGGUGUUCCUGAGCAGGACUUAUGCAGCUUUUUGAUGCCAUACUAUCAAAAGCAGGAGAACUACAUGCGACAGGAGCUGAAAAAGAUUCAAGCCGAGAAUGCUGCCCUAUCACAGAAGGCCCAGGCCGGGAGAGAGAGUCUUGCUCAGACUGAAUAUCGUAUUUCUACCACUGUUGAUGAGUGGAAGGCAUCGGUCACAGAGUUUGAAAGGCUGGCAUCUUCUCUUCACCCCAACGAUGUCUUUGAUGUAUGAUCUUCUAAUUAUUAGUCCUGCAGAUAUAUCAAAUAACUUAACUGUACAUUUCGGAUGUGUUCAUUUUGACUGUUUGUCUGAAAAUAAACUUGAAAUACUGGAUAUAAGAA